UUGGACAAGAUGGCGUCCAGCAGAACCAAGUGUUAGCAGAGUGUCUUUGUUGUGUUUUUAAAGUGUGAACAUGUCUAAAGUCCAAAUGCUGAGAUCGUUGGUGAAGCAGCGACUAACUGCGGCUGCUGAAGAGAUAUUUGGGCUGUUUGAAAGAACGAUAGCAGAGUACGAGGAGGAACUUUGUCGAUCAAAAGAGGAGAACGAGCGACAACGGAAACUACUGGACGCUGUUUUCAACCCUCAGCUUCAGUUAAACGAAGGAGACGUCCAGCAGCUGUUGGUGGUGAAAGAAAAGGUUCCCCCUGAGCAGCAGGAGUGGAGCUCCAGUGUGGACCAGGAGGACCCAGAGCCUCCACACACUAAAGAGGACCAGGAGGACCCAGAGCCUCCACACAUUAAAGAGGAACAGGAGGAACUCUGGAUCAGUCAGGAGGGAGAGCAGCUUCAAGGGCUGGAGGAGGAUGAUAUCACCAAGUUCCCUUUCACUCCUGUCCCUGUGAAGAGUGAAGAUGAUGAAGAGAAACCUCAGUCCUCACAGCUUCAUCAAGGGCACACUGAACAGAUGGAAAUAGAAGUUGAAGUAGAGGACUGGGGAGGACCAGAACCAGAUACACAUCUACAACUUGAGUCUGAUGACAAGACUGGAAAGUCUUCUGAACCUGAGACUGAUGACAGUGAUGAUUGGACAGAGACCAGAGAACCUCAGUCAGGUUUAAACUCUCUUAAAAAUGAUCAGGUCCCUGUCAAUGAAUUGAAUGGUGGUAAAAAACCAUUUCGCUGCUCUGAGUGUGGGAAAUAUUUCAGCUUGUGGCAGCAUCUGAGGAAACACAUAAGAACUCACUCAGAAGAAAAACGUUUCAGCUGCUCAGUUUGUAAGAAAUCUUUUACAAGGAGUGGAAAUUUACACAAACACAUGAGAACUCAUACAGGAGAGAAACCCUACAGCUGCUCCGUUUGUAAGAAAUCUUUUACAGAGAGUGGAAAUUUAUACAAACACAUGAGAACUCAUUCAGGAGAGAAACCUCACAGCUGCUCAGUUUGUAAGAAAUCUUUUACAUCACGUGGACAUUUACAGACACACAUGAUGGUCCACACAGGAGAGAAACCCUUCAGCUGCUCAGUUUGUAACCAAAGAUUCAUUUGGCUUCACCAGCUCAGAAACCAUCAGUGUGUUAGUCGUCAGUCCCCACAGCCUCAUUAAACUCUGCCUGAGGAGAGCACAGAGGCAGAGCCUCCAGCCAGCAGCUGGAGAGUGAAGAUGAUGAAGAGACACCUCAGUCCUCACAGCUUCAUCAAAGACACACUGAACAGAUGGAAACAGCAGUUGAAGUAGAGGACUGGGGAGGACCAGAACCAGCCAGGAACUCAGAUCCAGACACACAUUCUGAUGAACAGACUGGAGGGUCUCUGUGAAUCUGAGACUGAACACUGAUGAUGAUUGAGGUUCCCUGGCCUCCUUUCAGUCAGGAUGAACUCUGAAAAAUUACUAAGUCCUUGUCAGUGGUUUGAGAUGUAGUGCUGGUGAGAAACCAGUUUGUGAAAAGAUUUGGUCAGUGCAGGAAUCUGAGGACAUGAGGAAACUCAUGCAGGAGAGAAACCAUAUAGUUGCUCUGAGUGUGGGGAAAAUAUGAGCGUAAUGCAACAUUCACACUCAGCUCAUAUGAAUUCCUUUACACAGAGCAGACAUUCAUUCUCUCUCUCUCUCUCUCUCUCUCUCUCUCACACACACACACACACACACACACACCAUUUCAGCUACUCAGUCCGUAAGGAAUCAUUUACAGAGACUGAACAUUUACACUCAAUGAUUCACACAGGAGAGACACUAUUUAAUUGCUCUGUGGGAAAACGUAGGGUACAUUUUUGCUACCCUGUCUGAAAUCUUAAACCCCUGCAAGCCAGCACUCUCAUGACACUGUUUAGGGUUCCAGAGGACUCCACCACUCUGACCGCCUGACAAGCCGAUACAGUGGCGUAUAUGGCUCCAUCAGGUUGUUGCAGCAUUUUGCUAGAAUGGAAGUCCACUAAUCCCCAUCGGCCUCUGUCUGGGUUAAAGACCUGUUAUAUUUUAUCUCAAACUUGAGAAGAGUGCAGUUAGGUACAGAGUAGGCUCCAUGCUUACUCCAGUAGCUUGAUGGACCAUCACAAAGGGGCGGGGCUUAGCAAAAGGUAAAUUGUACAAUAUUACUAUUCACUCUCGUGCACUUUUAAAAGACCUAUUCCUCUUUUCUCUUCCCUUUCUUUUAUGUACUUGUUCCCCAUUAUUCUACUGUGCUUUAUUUUC